CUGGGAUGAAAGUGGUGGGAAGGUACGUAGCGAAUUGGCGCGUUGGACGGCCCAUCAAUCCACCAUCCACCACCCAUGAACAUCGAGGUUCCCAGCUAGCACCCAAACGACGAUAACAACGACGACGACGACGACGGCUGGCUCCAAGAAGGUCGCACCGGAUUCAGUCAGAUUCUAUCGAAACCUACAUUGCUCGACAAACACCACACAUCCGCAAACAUGAGCUUGACGUAUGGUGCCGGCGGCAUAGGGACGUCUCUGGCCGUCAUUGGAGCUUACAUGCUCUUUACCGGCAGCGGCGAGGCGUUCAAUGUCGGAGCUUUCCUCGAAUCGGUAUCACCAUACGCCUGGGCGGAUCUGGGUAUCGCGCUUUGCAUAGGUCUUUCCGUGGUGGGCGCGGCAUGGGGCAUCUUCAUCACCGGUUCCUCCAUUCUCGGUGGAGGUGUCAAGGCGCCACGAAUCCGGACCAAGAACCUGAUCUCCAUCAUCUUCUGCGAGGUCGUCGCCAUCUACGGCGUCAUCAUGGCCAUCGUGUUCUCCGCUAAGCUCCAACCGGUCCACGGGGAACAAUACUACUCGGGUGACAGCUACUACACAGGCUUUGCGCUGUUCUGGGCCGGCCUGACUGUUGGCAUGUGCAACCUGGUGUGCGGUGUUGCCGUCGGUAUCAAUGGCAGUGGUGCUGCGUUGGCGGAUGCUGCUGACCCUACACUCUUCGUCAAGAUCCUGGUUAUUGAAAUCUUCAGCUCCGUCUUGGGUCUUUUCGGCCUCAUCGUUGGCCUGCUUGUUUCCGGCAAGGCCCCCGAUUUCGGUAGCACACAGUAGAGAUGGAUUAGAAAGGAGAAGAGGCAUUCCUUGCUUUCUUUUCUCUCAUGCAUCUUGGUAUGCACACAACACAACACAACACAACUUCUUCGGGCUGCUAGCAAUCAGCAGGCUUUUUGACGCUAGCUAGCGGACGUGUCUAAGUCUAUGUUCAAGGUCACAUUGUCACCGGCGUUUAUUGGAAGAGGC